GAGUCGAUGUGGUCAGUCCAUCAAUCUUGAAUAGAAUGUGUCUAAUUUAACAACAUGUCGGUUAUUUGAACCAUUCAUCUACAAAGCUUUCGCUGCACAUGCUGAUUGCCUAUGGUUCGGCUUCCGAUAACCGAAUAUCAGGAAGUGGAAGGAAGAGACCGAGCAGUAGAAAUGGGGCCCCGAUUAUUAGAGUGGGAAGGAUCGAAGCCUCUCCUGCCUAUACUAGACACCAAUUUUGCUGUCCACCUUUUGGAAGUCAUGGCUAAAUAUGGUGAUUCGGUCGCUGUGGUAAACUCAGAGACUCAGGAGCAGCGGAAGUACUCUGAGCUGUGUGAUCUUGUGCCACGGGUGUCCGCAGGUCUCCACGGCGCCGGGGUCACAUUAGGUCACCCCGUUCUCUACCUCGCCCCUAACUACGUAGACUACCCACUGGUGUUCCUCUCCGUUAUAUACCACGGCGCUAUCUUCGUUCCUUUGAAUCCCAACCUCAGCACAGAUGAUUUGGUCAAUGGAUUGAAAGUGAGUGAUAUUUGCUGGGCCGUGGUGCACUACACUGUGGCUGACAAGUUGGAAACUGCUGUCUCCCGUCUUCCGUCCGGCACUAUCAGGAAGGUGUGGGUCUUGGGAGACGCAGCCGGAAGACCCAGCUUUAACGAUCUCAUGGACUUUCAACCACUACCGCCUGUCACAAAGACGGAAGGUCUGGAGCCUGGCAGAGUAGUGGCCAUCAACUUCUUGUCCUCGGGCACGACGGGACUAUCUAAGGCUGUCAUGUGCACCCAUCGCAACCUUCUCGCCUCAAUGACAAUAGAUAGAUGUCAGUGGAACGAAUAUGUUCCGGACACCAUCAGUCAGAUGUUUAAGGCAACAUUACUGGUGAUACCGAUGUUUCACAUAUUUGGUUACAUCCAUGUUGUUGCCACUCUAACACAUGGUGGUACAGUGAUCACUCUAAGAAAGUUUUCUCCCAAGAGUUUUCUUGAGUCCAUCCAAAAAUUCAAGGUAACAAUGGCACCUCUCGUACCCUAUCUGAUCGAGUUUAUGGGGAACACGCCCCUUCUGCGCCAGUAUGACCUCUCCUCAUUAAGAGUGAUCGCAACAGGUGGCUCAAGGCUGUCGCCCUCCGUCCAAGGACCCCUACAAGCACAGUUGAACGUGGAUGUGUACAAUUGUUACGGGAUGACUGAGGCAACAAGUUGUGUCACUCAGUGUUUAACAACGGCUAGUUUCAAGGAAGGCUGCGUGGGCAUGCUACCCUACUUUCAGCUAAAGGUUGUGGAUGUGGAGAGUGGAGAGAUGUGUGAACCGGGACAGGUAGGAGAACUGCAUUAUCGAGGACCCAGUAUAAUGCUGGGUUAUGCCAACAACGCAGCAGCCACUGCUGACAUCCUCGAUGCUGAAGGAUGGUUACACUCGGGUGAUAUUGGAUACUUCGACCAAGAUAACUUUAUUUUCAUCGCAGACAGAAUCAAAGAGAUAAUUAAGGUUAAGGGAUAUCAGGUGUCGCCUUCUGAGCUGGAGAAGUUACUGUCGACACACGAGGACGUGAGUGAAGCAGCGGUGGUGGGGGUGCCAGACCAGCAACUGGGAAUGGCACCCAGAGCCUUCGUGGUAGCCAAACCCGGAGCCUCCAUUGACCCGAGCCGACUUCAGCAGUUUGUUGCUAGUCAAGUGUCGUCUUACAAACAGCUGGCAGGAGGCAUCUGCAUUGUUGACGCCAUACCAAAGUCCCCUUCAGGCAAGAUCCUGAAGAGGUUGCUCAUGAAGGGUUUGAAACCCCCUGCUGCUAAACUGUGAGGUGCAGAAGUGUUCCAGCUACCAUGAACUACCAAUUCACGUCAGCUGUGCUAAAGACAGUCCGCUUCAAGGAGAUCAUCCCAUCUCAGUCACUGACAGAAGACCUGCAGAGGCGGGAGUAUCUAUUGUAAUAAAUAUUUAGUUCAUCACUGUUAUAUAUUGGUAUAUGUAUAUUUUACAUCUAAUUUUUACAGUAGGAUAUCGUUCAGUGAACAGUUGCUAAGAUAUAAGAGAUAAAUAAAAGAAUUAAAAGUCUGAGCAUUAACCAUUCAUGUGUAAUUGUUUGGUACAUCAUCUCUUUUUUACUCCUUUUUCGUUUUUUAUCGAGCUGUGAAAAUAUGAUAUGGAUGGCCUUACCUCAUAUAUUUCCUAUUUCUGGAAAAGGACCAUACAAGGUGACUCAUCUGGAGCAAUGAACUUGUCUAGUUGGAUCUAUUAUUGCAUCAGAGCCUUUAAUACAGCAAAAAUUUUGAGUUUCUUUCUGUCAUGUAUAGGAUCAACAUUUACACUGUUCAUCACCCCACUCCAUCUAAAAUUCUUUCCUGACGAGAUAAAGUGCAUUCAAGAAUUCAAAUAAACUGACCAAACGAAAGCUCUGGCUCAGAAAUUGCUAUAAAUUCAUAUUGUACUCUUUAUGUCACUUAAUGUUAGAUAAAGGAUCCUUAUUAAUUAAAUCUUGAAAAAAUAAAAUUUUCCCAUGAGUAACAACUCUCACCUCUAAUGUGCAGAACCAUAAUGAAUAUAAAUAACACCACCACCUUCCAUCAUAUUUUAAAAUAUAAUUUCCUCUAUUAUAAUCAUCCGAGGGAUCGUCUGGCUUUAAAAAUCUCAACAUUAAUACUUAUUACUAUUAUGAUUGGAUAACUGAGGUUACCAACUAUUGACCAGGUGAGGAUCAUUAAUGCUGCAUUUAACCUGUUCACCACAAGUCAAGAAUUAUUAUUUAAAAAAAAAAAAAAUUAAAACAAACUCUCAUUGUAUAUACAUCCUGGUUCCUAAGAAUCCCAGUAGAGGUAAGACUGAAUUUCUUACAUUAUUCUUGGUAACUAACUCUACCGGUUUACUAAUCAAGAAAACUCAUUUGUUUUGAGUAUAAACCUUUUAGUGGAGUAUUUACAUGAGCUGAUCAAAUAAAAGCUCUGACUCGCAGAUUAUUUUAAUUUCAUCUUUUAACCUUUAUACUAUAAAUGUAAGUUAAUUAAUAUUUUAGAAAUAUGUAUAAUAAACUUCUUAUCUCUC